AUGUCUAAAAUAACUUUAAAGGGAAACCCUAUUAAUCUUAGUGGAACACCCCCGCAAGUAGGAAAUACUGCACCAGACUUUUCUCUUGUUUCUAGUAAUUUGGAAACGAUCUCAUUGUCCGGGUUGAAAGGAAAGAAAAUCUUGAACAUCUUCCCAAGCAUUGAUACAGGUGUUUGUGCGGCGAGUGUACGUCAGUUUGAAAAGUUUGCAACUGAAGAAACUAACAAUAUCAUUGUUCUCAAUAUCAGCAGAGAUACACCUUUUGCUUUAGAACGAUUUUGUGGAGUUGAAGAAAUUGGCAAGACUAUGGCUGCUUCGGAUAUUUUUCAUCAGUUUGGAAAAGACUAUGGGAUUGAGAUUACAUCUUCACCCCUUGCGCAUCUUCUUGCUCGAACCGUCAUCUGUCUUGAUGAGGAUAAUCGAGUAAUCUAUGUUGAACAAGUACCUGAAAUCACUCAAGAACCGGACUACGAAAAAGCAUUAGAAUCACUCAAAUAA